UCUGCAGGAAGAAGAUGUCUAGUUGAUGGCACACGUACAAGUCAAAACGACGAAAAGGCCCUCGGAAUUCUUCAAAUUUUCAUUUCUUCUCCUUCCUCUUACAAACCCUAGAUAGAAUCUUAUCACGCGAUCGAUUUCGAUAGCAGUUCGAUCUUAUUCGACUGCUGAUCCUUAAGCUUUCUGUUGGAACUUGCAAUUUAUUCAGCUUCUCAACAGUUGUUUGCUGAAAAAAUGAAAUUUUUAUAAGAUUUGAUCUGACGGAAGUUCAGAUAUAGCUGUGGAAUGGGCAGAAGUAGAGUUUUAGCGAUCAUUUUCAUAUUGUUAAUCGUUUCAGCAACUUCAAACGCGAAACUAUUCAAUUCCAGAAAGUUAGUUGAUUUAAUACAAAGCACCAAUUCAUCUUCUGAACAAAUUUCUGCAUCAAAUACUCCAGUUGAGGGUGAAAAGGAAGUCAAUGAUAACAAGUCUGUAAUCGCAAAAGAGAAGCCUGGAAAUCCUAAGGGAAACAAUGAUCCACCAAAAACCAGGCCAGAGGAACUAAAUUCAACUAUAGUCAAUGAUGGGAGAUCACAAACUGAAAAACAAAAGCCUAAAGAUCCUCAAGUAAUCAAUGAAGCACCUAAAGAUUUGAAGGACCAGAAUUCAACUGUAGUCAAUGAUGGAAGUUCAAAAGCUGAAAGUGAACAGCCUAAAGAUCCUCAGGGAAGAAAUGGUCCAACAAAUAUUGAUUCAAAAGAGCCAAAUACCACUGUAGUGAAUGGUGGGAGCUCUAAAGCUGACAAAGAGAACCCUAAAGAUCCUCAGCCUCAGGGAGGCAAUCACUUACCAAAAUUGGAUCCGGAUGGGUCUAAAAAUGAUAAAAAUGUGACUGUUGAAACCCCUCCACCUGUUGAGAAGAAGGAGAAUGAAGAAAAGAAGAAAAUAGAUGAAACAAUAAACUCGGAAGUGAACACCAAUGAGAGCUGUCAGAAGGCUACAAAAAUGUGCAGGAUUGGACAAACACUGCUUGCAUGCAUUCAGACACCCCAGAAUGGAUCUACUGAAUUGUUACUUGUGGUGCAAAAUGAAGGGGAAAAAGGAGUCAAAGUAAAUAUCAAUAUCCAACCUCCUCUAGAUGGUUCUCCACAACCUCCUAUUGAAAUACCCAAACAUCAAGUGGAAAAGAUCGAUAUUUCAUCAAUCUUGGGCAAAGGUGCUGAAAUAGUGCUGAAUGCUGGAGAUGCUAGUUGCAGGCUUCAAUUGGACAGGCAUGUUUCUGUGGAGAACAUUCUGCAGCAGGUGUCUCUUUAUUCUAAGCGUAUGACCCCCAUCUAUGGUGCAUAUUUCCUUUUCCUUGUAGCCCUACUUUUUGGCGGGACAUGGGCUUGCUGCAAGCUAAGGAAGAAGAGACAUCAAGAUGGUGUUGCGUAUCAGGAAUUAGAGAUGGGAAUGCCGGAAUCUGCCUCAGCUGCAAAUGUUGUUGCAGUAGAUGGUUGGGAUCAGGAUUGGGAUGACGAUUGGGAUGAGGAGAAUGCAGUGAAGUCACCAGGUGGACAUACCUAUGGGAACAUCUCUGCUAAUGGCCUCACGUCUAGGUCUUCUAAAAAGGACGGAUGGGAAAAUGACUGGGAUGAUUAGUAAUAGAACAUCCAAGAGAAAAAAAGAACUGUUCUGUGUUACAAGAGGUACAUCCACCACGGAAGAGCUGAACGUGUGAAAACUUUUUUUGUAAUUUAAAUCUAUAGUUUUUUUGUCUUUACAAACUUGAAUAUUCUUUCUCUUAGCACAUUCUUUUGACAGUAGUUAUUGGGUUACCUACUACAAUAUGUUGUUACAUAUGUAUUUUCCUUGUUGGAACGAUUUUUUAAGUGAAAUGAAAUAUUACACAUUAUACCUA